AGUUAAAUGACCCCACAGAUCCUUUCACUAGAGUUUCAUCAAAUGCAGGGGAUGAAAUUUUCUCCAAAUAUAUAGGAUGGAGAGUUGCCAACAUCCUUUCCAAACUAUUCUUCCCCUCCACUGAUAUUCUUCCUUUGAAAAAACCAUUGAUAAAACCGCAUAAAACUAAAUAUCUGUAUAAAAAGCAAGAUUCUAUGAAGAAGAAAGUUCUACAUUUUACUGUAAGGGAACAUCCUUCUGUAAUAGACGUCCCCCUGUUUUCAAAUCCAGAUUUCUUCACCAAGAGAGAUGAAGAAUUGACAAGAAUCAUUGACCAUUAUUGGGAUAAAGAGCUACAGAUCCGACAGAAAGAAGAUGCAAUAUGUGAGGCCAAAGAACGUAAAGAAAAAGAGUUAGAGGAAAAAAAACACUUCAAAGAAAUUAUGAAGAAAAGAGAAGAGAAAUUACACAAGCAAACCAAACCUUACGAGCUUCCUCCUAGGACUGAAGCAAUUUCAUUAGAAGGGAAAAUGACCCCCCCAAAUUGAGAUCCAUGUGCCAGAAAUUCAUUGCAUAAAAGAGACCAAGAUAGCUACAUGUUAGGAAAAUGUUCUUCUAAUUAACUGGAAACCAUCUCUUAGAAAGGAAUUGUUAUCCUGGUACAUGCUUUGUAAUAGUCACAUCUUAGUUCUCAAUUAACAGUUAGCUUUUAAUCACAUUUGAGUGAAGUGAUUUUACCAAUGAAACAUUUUCAGGAAUACAGCUAGACUUUUCCCAAUUGACUCUUAUCUUGUGAUCAUACAGCAUACUUAAUCAACGAUUCUCGGAGUAUCGAUAUUCAUUGGACAGUUAGAUGGAAAUAAAUUGCAAAUUUU